AUGAAAUAGCUGAAGAUAGAAUCAUAAAAGGAUAAAAUAAUGCUGUAGCGAGGCAUAAACAAUAUAAUUUGUAAAUUGUAAAUCUUCUUUAAUCAAUUUAAAAUUCUCUUUUUUCAAAUAAUUUGUUUGCUUCUAUUUAUGUUAUAUUGCUAAAGUUUUUUCGUUUUUCUUUUAUAUAUUUAAUAAAUUUCCAUAAAUAUUUGA